AUGAUGCAAGCACAUUACAGUCUGCAUCAUGGCUCCAUUAUUAUUAUGGAGCAGGAAAUUCACACUGAAGCAAGCCUGGUGAUAUCUUUUGAAAUGAGUAUACAUGUAGAAGAGACUGUGAGUGUAUGUACAGUGAUGGAAGAAGUCUCUUCAAUGUAUUAUACAUCCUGGUAUGAGAGCAAUGGUUUUACUUCCCCAGAGAAUAGAUUUAACAUCUGGAACAAGCAUGAUGUUGCCACCAAUGACCAACCUCAAUGCCCAUCAAAUGAGACCUCACCUUGGCCAUCUUGGCUAGAAGAAGCAUCUUCACUGUAUUUUUCAACCUCGGAUAAAAAUAAUGGCUUCACUACCAUGGAAAAUAGAUUAAGCAUUCAGAAAAAACAUGAUCUUUCCACCAAUGACCAACCUCAAUGCCCAUCAGAGGAGACAUCACCUUUCCAAUCUGGACUAGAAGAAGCAACUUCACUGUAUUUUCCAACCUUGAAUAAAAACAAUGGCUUCACUUCCCAGGAGAAUAGAAUUAGCAUUCAGAACAAGCAUGAUGUGGCCAUCAAUGACCAACCUCAAUUCCCAUCAGAGGAGACAUCACCUUGUUCAUCUGGGCUAAAAGAAGAAACAUCUUCACUGUAUUUUCCAACCUUGGGUAAUAACAAUGGUUUCACUUUCCCAGAGAAUAGAUUUAACAUCUGCAACGAGCAUGAUGUAGCCACCAAUGACCAACCUCAAUGUCCAUCAGAGGAGAACUCACCAUGGCCAUCUGGGUUAGAAAAGGCAUCUCCAGUGUAUUUCCCAUCUUUGUAUGACAGUGAUGACUUCACUUCCCCAGAGAAUACCUUUAACAUCUGGAAAAAUCUUGAUGUGGCCUCCAAUGAUCAGCCUCAAUGUCAAUUAGAUGAGAUCUCACCUUUGCCGUCUGUGCUAGAAGAAGCACCUUCAGUGUAUUUCCCAUCUUUGUAUGACAGUGAUGACUUCACUUCCCCAGAGAAUACCUUUAACAUCUGGAAAAAUCUUGAUGUGGCCUCCAAUGAUCAGCCUCAAUGUCAAUUAGAUGAGAUCUCACCUUUGCCGUCUGUGCUAGAAGAAGCACCUUCAGUGUAUUUCCCAUCUUUUUAUGACAGUGACGACUUCACUUCCCCAGAGAAUACCUUUAACAUCUGGAAAAAUCUUGAUGUGGCCUCCAAUGAUCAGCCUCAAUGUCAAUUAGAUGAGAUCUCACCUUUGCCGUCUGUGCUAGAAGAAGCACCUUCAGUGUAUUUCCCAUCUUUUUAUGACAGUGACGACUUCACUUCCCCAGAGAACACCUUAAACAUCUGGAAAAAGCUUGAUGUGGCCUCCAAUUAUCAGCCUCGAUGUCAAUUAGAUGAGAUCUCACCUUGGCCAUCUGGGCUAGAAGAAGCACCUUCACUGUAUUUUCCAUCUUUGUAUGACAGUGACGACUUCACUUCCCCGGAGAACACCUUUAACAUCUGGAACAAGCUCGAUGAAGCCACCAAUGACCAACCUCAAUGUCCAUCCGAGGAGAGCUCUCCUUGGCCAUCUGCUUUAGAAGAAGCAUCUUCCAAAUCGUUUCCAUCUUUGAAUGACAGCACGUCCCCAGAUAAUAAUUUUAACAUCUGGAAUGUUUGGAACAAUGUGAGUAGAGAGCCAAUACCCCAAUACUUGUAA